CAGCCAUUAAUUGAACCUGAUGUUUAUAGAGGAAGGUGAAGAAGGCGGGCCACAGCAAUUUACUUUCUGUAAUCUCUUUGGCAAGGUCAGACAACUCCACAUGCUCCUGAUUACAGGCUAAUCAUCCAGCUACCUACCAUUCACCCAAUCAGUGCUGGGCAACACAAAAGGCAAACACCCUUGGAUAUAUUCAUUUAAACCAGGGGCCCACUUCAGCUAAUUUUGACCAUCUGUAGCGUUUAUGUCACCAACUUAAAUCAUCAUUAUGCAGGGGAAGGUGAAUGAUUCUAUUAUGCUCGCUCUGGGCUGCAGCACACUGAUCUGAAAAAAAGAGAUUUCACAUUUAAAGGCUUGAUGCGAGGAAGGUGGAAAUUAUGGACGUGCACACUUUCUGGAAUGAAACAACCUCGGACUAUGAGACUCACAUGGAUACCAUGUUUUUCAUAUUCAACUGCACAGUCUUAACUUUAACGUUAGUCUUGGGUUUACCCGGGAACUUGUGGGUUUGUUGGGUUGUUUUCAGGACCAAGAGCCUGCAGACCUGCAACAAUGCGCUGCUGGUCUGCUUGGCCGCCAGUGACCUCCUGAAGUGUUCCGUGGACACGCCGCUGCUGCUCUUCUCUUUUCUGCGUUACGGGAAGGGCAGCCAGGUGUCGGUGUCCGUGUGCACUCUGCAGCAGUUCACCUACGCCCUGUGCAGCUGCGUCCAGCUGUUCACGCUGGUCAGCAUCAGCGUGGAGCGCUUCCAAGCCAUCGCGUUCCCUUUCCAAACAGAGAAGAGGAAAGCCAGGGUUCGUCUCUGGAUCCUCUCCAUCUGGGCGUGCGGCCUCGUCUUGGCUAUAAUCUCUCUGACUCUCUCCAAAAAAGCGCUUUUCUACAUGCUCUGCAGUCCGCUCAUCGAGGGGCAUGGCGACGAUCUUCGAUAUUGGGAUCCAUUCGGACCCUACGUGCUCGUGCCGGUGUGGGGAUUGUCCCUGACUGUGAUCGUUAUCCACUACGUGCGGAUAUUCAAAGUUGUAAGGCAGCACCGAAAGAAAGUGUUCAAUCGGGGAAUCCAGCUGAGGCCGACGGCACCGGAACAUGUCUGGGGCUGUCUGCGUGUCCCUGCUUCAGCACCACGGACAGCUCCGCCGGGCUCCUUCAAGUCUCUGCCUAUGCGCUCCGACAGCCCGCUGCCUCCCCGCCGGACGGUGCUCUUGGUGGCCGAAGCCGGUGCUCCCUGCGCGGGCUCGUCCACAGGAGGCGCCCCGGGGAGACCCCCGGAGAUUGUGGGGGCAGUGUGCCUUCUGACACCUGGGGCCAGGGAGCGGGGGAGGAAACAGAUGGAGGGGAAACUGGCCCAGCGUUUUGGGUACAUAAUCAUUGCGUUGACGCUUUUCUGGGUGCCCAUGGUGGUUAUUUUGCUAAUGAAUGUCAUCUCGUGGCAGGACACUGACAAAUUGCUGAUGGAGCUGGAGACAUCAGCGAUGGUGCUGACCUGUGUGCAGGCUGCAGUGGAUCCCCUCAUUUAUACUUUAGUCACAAGACAGUUUCGCUCUGAACUCAGCAAGAUCCUCUCCUCCAUCCCAGGGUGUCCCCUAAAACGGAGGGCCUGAAGGUUCAAUACUUGAACAUCUGGGUCACACGGACUGCACUUUUGGGAAUUACCACUGAAGCUAAAUACACCCAAGCCACUACCUUGUGUUUACGCGCACAGUGAUUUAGAGGCAGGUGAAGAAGCGAGCCAACAGAUUUUGUAUUUGUGGCAGAUAUAGAUGUUUUAUCAGGCGUUUCACAGUCGGGACACAAGACAAGGUCAUAAAUAAUAUCUAACACCUGACAAGAUACGCACAGCAGUAGUCUCAACAACGACAGGUGGCAUAGGAGGGCAAAGCAAAGAGAGAGGAAAACUGACUGAGCCCAGAAAAAAGACAAUCAAAGGAGAGUACAUAACAGAGAAAGAGAGAGAAAAACACAAUCACAGACCUCUGUUUUUGUUGUUUGUGAAUAAAAAUGCAAUCCUUUGACACUUUGAGCAGAAAUAUGUUUACAUAAUAAUUCAAACUGUGUCAUUAGAGAGUGCAGCUGACACAAAAAAAACCCUGUCUUGAAACAGGGAAGCAGUAAAUAAAUCACUUUAAUCACUGUCCUAGCAACAAAAAAUACAGGGAACCUCACUGUUGCCAUUACCUAUGUCAUACCCUUGUAGUUUUCAGUAGAUUCUAAAUGUCGGACUUGAUGCUGUGAAUAUGAAGUCAAUGUCUUCAACCCCAAUUUUAUCAAAUAAAAUAAAAUAAUACUGAAAAAGCUCUGCUUGUCUUUGUGUGUCUUUUUUACUCCAGGUAAAUUUGUGCACAGUUCGACUAAACACUAAUACUGGAUCUAGGCAGCUGUUGUCACUGUGUACAGUACUAAAUUACCAGCAGUAGUACUAAGUCACUGCUUGGAAUUUCAGCGGUAAAACACAUUCUUUUCCAACUCUAGAAUAUUUUUGGCUUUCGUUGGGUUGGUACUAACCUCAGGAUCAGAGAGAACUAAAACACAACAGAGGAGCCUAAGGGACCUUAGGGUCUUGUGUAGUGAUGCACUGAUAUGGUACCAAUUAUGUGUUAUAUUUUCACCCAUAUUGGUUGAUAUGAUGAUGGUGAUAUGUUUUUUUGUAAGUCUUAGUACAAAUGCAUGUGUAAAACUGGUUAAGCUUUUCAGAUGCCUCCAUCUUAAGGUAAUUAAAUACUUUUCUAAAAAGACCAUGAUACAUUUUUCUGCAAGUUUGACAAUUAUUUUAAAUACAGUCUACUUCUACAGGAAAAAAAAAACUUUCAUAUCAGCUACAUAUGGGCAGACAUAAUAUUAAACCAAUUCCAGUAUUGCUUUUGAAAUAUGCUCUUGGCUGAUAUGGACAGUAUGCUGAUAUAUUGGUGCAUCUCUAGCUCUGUCUGUGUGCUCUUGAUCAACAUUUUACUUCAUCUAUUUGGAGCAGAAGUGGUCUGUUGUGACUGAAGCUGCUCUGCCCUACUUUGGUGAAACCCCAGCAGUGGUCUCAUCCACCUAAAGAACAGACCUAACUGUCUGUGUAGCUGUUGGAAUCAGAAAGACAUUCAAGAUGAAAAAGGCCAACAGAGAGGCAUUAGCUAGGAGGUUAGCAGAGCUAAAAGGUCACCGUCCAUAGUUACAACAAUCAACUUUGAUGGGAUGUGAUGAUAAGUAAUACUAAAGAUACAUGUUGGAGCUGUGAAUUGAGAAAAUGGACAGAAUUGCACAUGUUUUUGGUGACAGAGAUCUGUGGAUGGCUCAUCCAAUGUCCUCCAUGUCUCUGCGGUCACCAUUACAACAGAUUCCCCUGCUUUAAAUUCUCCAGAAGAUAAAGUAAAUAAAAUCCUUUGAAACACCAAGGAGGACAAAAAGUACAAACACCAAGUUUCCUAACCACAUAGAGUACACAUACUCAACAACUUUGAAAAAUGCCUGCUGAGUUUGGGGAAGAAAAAACGUUGACAGCUAUAAAGACUACUGAAAGCAUACUGUUCACACAGGAGGUAGGGAUACAACAGGACAACAACGAGAGCGAGAGAGAGAGAGAGAGAGAGAGAGAGAGAGAGAGAGAGAGAGAGAGAGAGAGAGAGAGAGAGAGAGAGAGAGAGAGACUGAGGGAGAGAGAGAGAGAACGAGAAGACAG